UUCUUCUCUUCUCCUUUCUGUACCUCUCUUUCCUUCCUUCUCUCUCUUCUUCUUCUCGUCUUUGUCAUUCUCCUCUUCUUUUCGAUAGCUUUCCGUUUUUUCAGGUGACUCGUGUUUUAUUUGUUUUGUAUUCCGAAAUCUCAGAAAAAACCCUAAUCCAACCAAACCAGAUGGUUGUGUUUGGUUUGAAGAAAAAUGGAGUCUCAGCAAAAAACCCUAUCAACAACAACAACAACAACAACUGAAGCUCAACAACACCUGGCCAUGAAUUUUUUUUUGUCAGCGCAAGGGUUGCGUUUUGUUCUGGUUCUGUCAUGUAUCCUUCUUUUGGUGGCUACAUGGGGGCCAUGUGGUGCAAAGAACCGUAUAUUGGCAGAGAUGGUAGACCAGGUUGGAGAUAGCUUUGACCCAUGUGCUCGCGAUCUGCUUGGUGGUGAUAUAAGCGCAGAACAUCAUAAAAUCAACUCUGCAACCUGCCCUAGCGUUGAGAAAUUCUGUGUAAACUCGAAAGUAUUUUGCUUUCCUUCAACAUUGCCGGAUUUUUCAGCUGAAGUAGACAACUCCAAACCAGCAUCUGUAGAGGGUCAAAGUAACUCAUGCUGGUCAUCGGAUGAUUGGAUGUGUUCAUUGUAUAAAGGAAUGUCAGUAGUGUCAUGUUCUUUGACUGAUGAGACGGAGCUCCAUGACGUGGGUACCAAAGCUGAUCAACAAGCUUGGUCUCUUAAAGGACCUUCGCCUGAAUGUAGUAUGCCAUAUGUGAUCCCAGAUAAGAAUUUUGAGGUGAUGAGAUCAGAUCUUCGCGAUGCCCUCUCGUCUCCAAACAUAAAAUUGAAGCAAUUGGAGGGUGCAGAGGCAGAUGAACUGGUGCUAAGAAAUUGGAAAUUUCAAGGAACUACAAGUGGCAUGUCUGUUCUCGAAGAUGAAGAGGUGCUGUUCCCUGUGGUUCAGAUUGGUAAUCACCAUUCUAAGUGGAUCUCUGUGAAAAACCCCAGUGCACAACCUGUAAUAAUGCAGCUCAUCUUGAAUUCUAGAGAAACUAUAGAAGCUUGCAAAGCUGCAGAUAUGCUACGCUUGUCAAGCAGUGUAGUUCAUGACGACUCUACUAGACCAGCCAGGUAUGGAUUCUCAACAGCAGCAAGUGCGAUAACCGAGGUAUAUGUUCAUCCUAAUGGAAGAGCUUUUUUAGGCCCAGUUGUUUUUCACCCCUCAGAACGAUGUGCAUGGAAAGGUUCGGCGGUGAUACGUAAUAAUCUAUCCGGUGUAGAAUGGUUGUCUUUAAAAGGAUUUGGUGGGUCACUUUCCCUGGUCCUGCUUGAGGGCUUUCAGGCUGUUCAUAGUUUGGAGUUCAACCUUAGCAUAGAGAAACCAUUCAAUCCAUCAUAUCCAGAAAAGUUAUACCACAGUGUGGUUAAAAGUCCUGCCUGUUCUAAGCCUUUGUCGAAAGUGAUAUUUGCAAAGAACUCAGGAGACCUGCCUCUGGAGAUAAGAAGUAUUAAAGUGUCAGGUGCGGGUUGUGGGUUGGAUGGGUUCAAGGUACACACUUGUGACUCUUUUUCUCUUGAGCCUGGGGAAUUAAGGAAACUUCUGAUUUCUUACCAACCAGAUUUUUUUGCUGGAGUGGUUCAGGGAGAUCUCGAGCUUGCCCUUGCAACAGGCAUUUUUGUCAUACCAAUGAAGGCAAGCAUUCCUGUCUACAUGCUUAGUAUUUGCAGGAAAUCAAUCAUUUGGAUAUUGCUGAAGAAAUUCACUCAGUUGGUCUUCAUCGUCGCCUCCAUAUUGUUUUUCCUAUUCUUUUUUGUUCUUCCUCGAGUGAUAACUUCAGAUCCCUCGGAUUGCUUGUUCAAGACCGAGAGUGCCUGUAUCAGCAGGGUUAGAGGACCAUACUGCAUACACCCUAACCAUGGAAAAUGUAGGUUUUCCAUAUCUUGUUACAUGGACAACAUGUUUAAGUCAGUCAGGGAAGAUGAAACUUCAAAGCUCGGCUUUGUUAGUAGAUACUCUGACUACUCGACUGGCGCCCAGAAACAGCAAAUAACUAAGCAUAUGAAGAAUGUGCAUGAUUUUCAAGACUCACAAGUUUUUGGCAUCUGUGGACAUCAAAACAAUACAUCCCCUUUGAGAUGCUCUUCAGAAGCAAAAUCUGGGGGGCGAGAAGAUAAUAAGAAGGGCCAGCCGGAACCUCAAGAAUCUGGGAACCUCACAGUAAGGACUGGAAAAGAAAGUAGAAGGCGAAAGAAGAAAAAAAGGUCUGCAGGUGGUGCAGGACUACUUGAAGUUUCAAGCAGUCAGAGUGGAAAUUCUACACCGUCUUCGCCCUUGUCUCCUCUGACAUCUUGCACACCCAAACAGACCAUGCCAUCUCCUGAAGUUGAGCGUGUCGUCACUGGCAUUAGUUUUGUUGAUGCAGCAGAUAAGAGGAAUAAGAAAGGAAAACCCCUCUUAGCUGCUGAGAUACCAAAAGUGUUGGACUCCAAAGUUUCUGCCAAGUACAAAAGAAGUAGUUCUUUACUUCAAGAUCCACCAGAUACCCCUGUUCCAAGAAAAUCAACCAGCAAACCAGCUCUACUACCUUCUGCUACAUUUCCGAGCAUGAGUCGUCGUUUACCUUGUUUGGUUAAUGCUUCACCACUUCAUACUUCAACUUCUUCUAUUAACUUGCGUGAUCGAGCUCCGGGGUCCAAUCUACGCCGAGGUCCAAGUGCAAAAACAGAGGAAAAGCCAAAGGAGAUUGACAAGUUUGCAUACGACAUUUGGGGUGAUCAUUUUGGUGGAUUUCAUCUUGGGGGUAAUAAUGAAGUAUCUUCAAUAAUAACAAAUGCUUGGUUGUCAGGAGACUCACAGAGCUUCUUUGCUAGGGGUCCACAAAUCCUUAUGCAGAAGUCUCAAGUAAGAUCAGUAUCUCCUGUUCAUAAGUUGGGUCAGUCAUCUGUAACUUGUCCUCUUCUCCAAAAUGGUUAAAUUAUAAACCAAGUAAUACUUAGGUUCCUUAUCUCUUCUGAUUUUCUCUUAAUCAUCCCAUUUUUGCAUAUGAUAAUGGUAUAAGUUAACUACCCAUAUUCAUAGAAUCACAAGCAUCAUUCUUCCAUAGGAUCAACUUUCAUGCUUCUCUAAAGUUUUUUGUUAGCUUUCAAAUACACAAGUCGUUUGUUUUCCGCUGUUUUUUCGACUUGUUUUGUUCUGCACAGCAUGUUUUGUUCUGCACAGCAUAUUCUACUGGUACAUUGUUUUUCAGCAAUUUUUCAACCAAAUGGUUUUGUGAUUUGCAAAAUUGAUCAUUUGGUUUUUCGGUGUUCCUUGGGUUCUCACUUGAAAAAGGAAAACUGGUCUUCUUUGGUUUCGUUUAGUUCAUUCAAACCACAUAAGACUAUAUAUGACUGGUAAUGUAAAUACAGUAUUAUGUUUAGCAGCUUCCUGUAAUUAACAUAGUUUUAUCUCCCAUCUGUAUAAAUUUACUUGGGUGAAUAAGUUUUCUAUCUAAAACUCGAUAUGGAAAAGAACAGUGUUGCCAGAUUGAUGUAUGGGUAAUCUUCUGAAGUCGAUUGUUGCA